AUGAAAGUAAGAAAUUGCGUGAACAACAGAUGGAACUCCACUUAUUUGAUGCUACGAAGGUUUCUCUACUAUCUUGCUGCCUUUAAAAAUUUAGCCAGGGCAGAUCAGACUUUCAAUAAUUAUUUUUCAGAAGAUGAUGAUCUUCCAUGGAUUGAGAAGAUUUUUGCACUUUUGAAGCCUUUUAAUGACAUAACCACCUUAUUUUCAGGAACUAAAUACCCCACAUCCAACUUAUAUUCUGAAAAUGUAAACCAAAUUCAGAAAAAGAUUGAGAAAGAACUUCUAUCUGAAGAUCCAAUCAUGAAACAAAUGUUUAUUUUCUCACAAUUGAGUCCAGAAUAUGAAAACAACGGUAAGGUGUUCUUUGAACAUGAAGAAGCUUUUCCAAGAGUACUGGAGUCAAUUUGGCAGGCUCAUUUGCUUCAACAUGAUUUGGAGCUAAAUAGAUCAAUUGAAGGAUUUCAAGUGAAGGGAAGAACAAAUCUACAAGGAGAAAUUAUCUUGAAAGUAGCGCAGACUGCCAGAAUUAAUUACUCGAGUUAUUACUUGUUUAACUUAAUUGUUUUGGUGGUGGAAUCAGAAGAAGUUGUGUUACUUAAUGAGAAUAUUUUAUAUUUGAGAGUUGUUCAAUGGUUAUGGAUUAGGUUUCGUAUUGCUUUGGGGUUUUACUUCAAGAGUGAUGAGGUACAUGAGAAACAUUUGAGAAUUGUAUUACAGAUCUUACGGGAUAAACAACUCUUUGCAAAGUUUAGCAAAUGUGAAUUUUGGUUGACAAGUAUUAGUUUUCUUGGUCAUGUUAUUUCUGAAGAUGGGAUUUCAGUUGAUCCGAAAAAGAUUGAGGCGGUGGUGAAUUGGCCUCGCCCGAUAAAUAUGACAGAAGUAAGAAGUUUUAUAGGCUUGGCAGGUUAUUAUAGAAGAUUUGUUGAGGGGUUUUCUCAAAUUGCAGUGCCAUUGACUCGUUUAACUCAAAAGCGAGCAAAAUUUGAAUGGACUAAAGAAUGUGAACAGAGUUUUCAAGAGCUAAAGCAACGAUUGUUUUACCAUUUAUAG